AUGGCAUCCUUAAUUCUGACUUACAAAGUUGUGUGCGUGCGUGUGUGCACGAAUGCACUAAAAUACCAUUUUCUGAGUUCAUCAUUAUCAAUAUUUUAUCUUUUCCCAGACAUCUGCAGAGCUAUUGAAUUACUGGAAAAAUUGCAGAGGAGUGGAGAAGUACCACCACAAAAACUGCAGGCUUUGCAGAGGGUCCUUCAAAGUGAGUUCUGUAAUGCUGUGAGGGAGGUAUAUGAGCACGUAUAUGAAACUGUGGACAUCAGCAGUAGCCCUGAAGUGAGAGCUAAUGCUACAGCAAAGGCCACCGUUGCUGCAUUUGCUGCCAGUGAAGGUCAUUCUCAUCCCAGGGUUGUUGAGUUGCCUAAAACAGAAGAAGGUCUUGGAUUCAACAUUAUGGGAGGCAAAGAGCAAAACUCGCCAAUCUAUAUCUCUCGAAUUAUUCCAGGCGGUAUAGCUGAUAGACAUGGGGGACUGAAACGUGGAGACCAGCUUCUUUCUGUAAACGGAGUGAGCGUUGAAGGAGAACACCAUGAAAAAGCAGUAGAACUGUUGAAAGCAGCUCAAGGAAAGGUUAAGUUAGUUGUACGUUACACACCAAAGGUCCUGGAAGAGAUGGAGUCACGAUUUGAAAAAAUGAGAUCAGCAAAACGAAGGCAACAGAACUAAUACUGAACAUUCUAAUUUAUGGAGAAAAUUAUAUUCUGUUUUACAGUUAACAGUUUGUUUGUGACCUAACAAGAACUGCUCGGAACUAUAAAAGAUGCUGUCGUUUUAAAAAUAUUUGUUUGGGAUUUUAUAAAUGCCUUCAUAUUUACAUCAUUUAGUUCUAAAACACACAUGCUUCUUGAAAACAGAGUUUACAUAAGCAUUUCUAUCCAGUUGUUCUUACAGAUCUUUUGCAGAUAAAAUCUUUACUGACCAGACAAAUUUAUAGACUUUUAAAAUGCAUUUUUAAUAAGAUGUACUUCUACAUUUGUAACAUCGUUUUUCUAAAUAUUUUUAUUUGACAUUAAUCAAUUUUAAAGUAAAGUCUUCAAUUUGUGUGUGUGUGUGUGUGUGUGUGUGUUUACUGAUUAAAAAUCAAAUACUUUUACCUAUGAAGCUUUUGGCACUUUUCUUCUUAAAAGCAUACUGUACAUCAGCUACAUAAAGCUAAUCAUGAUCUCUUGUGUAGUUGAUAAGUACUGGAUUUUGUAUUUUUGAUGAGUGCAUUGUAUUUCUCUAUGUGCUAAAUCAUAACUUAUGAUAAACGUUAACCUGGAAAUUUUGUUACCUCUUUUGUAAAUAAUUUACAAUGAACAUUCACUUAACUGAUUUUUUUUUUAACAAUUGACAUCUAAAGAUCUGGAACAGUAUUUUAUAUUUUAUACUAAUUUUGGAGCAGUUGGAGAGAAGUUGUAAUUUGAUUGUCAUCAUGAUCGUGUCCAUAUAUAUUUAUAUUCAGGAAAAAAGAACAGUAUCUUGAAUGCAGUGAACUGAGAAUUUCAUAUGUAUUUCCCUGUUUUUUCCACUUCUUGUUUUAAAAGGUAUUUGUCUGAACUGGGAUUUGAAUUUGUCCAAUGGCAGUUCUAUCGUUUAUAGAGAUGAGACACACAGGAUUGGGGGUAGUUAAUACUGACGUUAAUAAAAAUUUUCAUUUCUAUAAGAGUAAGCAGUGGUGUGGAAUAUUCUGGUUGGGACAGCUAAAACUUGCAAAAGUUAACAAAACUCACAGAAUUGUAUAUAAGAUUCUAAAAGAAGAAAAAUACGUAUACCAUGUUUUUUUUUUUAAAAAAAAGUGAUUUAUCAUUAGCUACUUCUAAGCUGGAGAAAACUGAUUCUUCCAGUUCCUAGUCCAGAAUGAGCAGCAUCAUAAUAUACAAGGAAUAGAAAAUGUGAAAGAUUUGGUGUUGCCCACUUUGAGGUAGGAACAAGGAAAUCUGCAGAUAAGAUGUCUCCAGAUGUGGCUAUUAACACUGUCAGUUGUGGCGCAGUGCUGUUUUUAAGCAUGAUUGAGACGUUUGCAUUAUGCUUUUUUUUUAAUAACUUCACCUUUUAAUAUACUGCUGGCGUUAGCUUGACAGUACACUAAGUGUCUGUUGAACUGAAAGGCAGCUAUAAGUGCAUCCUACUGAAAGUAAACAAGUCUUAGAGACUUAACUGAAAAGUGCAGUUCUGAGUGUCUCUCAUCUCUAAUCUCUGUUCACAUGGAACAACAUGAAGUCAGUUGUAAAGUUAAUUUCACUGUAUAAAGAUGGUCUAAGACGAAAAAAUUUCAAAAUGAUGGCAUGAAGCUUAUGCUUAGCUGGCCCAGUGUAUAAGUAAUAACACUUGCAUGGCUGCUACAAGCAAAUUAGAAAUGUGAACCCUUUCUGGAUGUUUGUAAGCAUUGUAAGAGUGUAAAGAUAAUAUUUUAAAGAUGUUUGAGAGUAGAGUCUGAAAAGCAAUAUGAAUAUUUAUCAGUUAGAUGAUUCCGAGCACUGAAUUGCAUGGUUGAGUACCUGAUAUUAGUCUGUUUUGGAAGGCUUCUUGUUAUUGGUAGGACCAUGUUAUGAACUGUAUAUUUUUAUGGAAUGAUUAAUGUUUAAAAUUAUUGAGACCAAAAUCAAUAAUUAGACCAAUCAUGGAAGUGUUUUAAUUUAAUUGUAAAAUAGUGGAGAAUUGUUUUUAGAGCUUUAUAUAUUAAAGAGAAGUAUGGGUUCAAGUAAAGAUAGUAAUAUGUAUUAUAAAACUCAUAUACUUUGUGUUACUGGGUAAAGCAAUGUGUUUUGUUACCCUAAAGAAAUAUUUACUUUAGUGUAGCUAGAGCUGCUAUAGAUAAGAGCAUUAGGAUUUUCAUUUUAAACUACAGCUUUUGAAUUCAGAAUAUCAACUGUUCCAAAAUGCUUGCUUAGAAUACAUGCUAUUGUAUGUGUAUGUUGGGUUAUGGGUUAAUUGAAAGGAUGGGUUAAAAGUCACCAAGAAAGUUAUAUUCUUUACUACUACUUUGUGCAGUGGCUGCACUAUGUUAGUACACAGUCCCUACAUGUGCAAUACUUGGACACAUCAUCAUGAGUUAAGAACGGAUAUAUUUUCUGUGGAUUAUAUGUACCAGGGUCCUUGAUUUUAGGAAUACAUAAAAUAAAGAUAUGGAAUUUCA